GUUAGUUGUCAUUUUUAUCACUUUAAAUGCGCUCGUAUCAUUAAGUAAUUUAUCUUUGCUGUAGUUUCGUGACCAGUGUAGAUAUUACAGAUUUAAAAACAUGAUAUGUUCAACAUGGAUCAACAGAUUCUAUUCGUUUGUGUUAGUCAUAAGUUCUACUGUUAUUUUUGUUCAAUCGGACGUUCCUAGACCUCGCGGUGUAUCUUUAUCUAAAGCAUCGCUUUAUUCGCCGACAAAAGAUUUUACUUGCUUCGAUGGUACUGUUACUAUUCCAUUUAGUUAUGUAAAUGAUGAUUAUUGUGACUGUUUCGACGGCAGCGAUGAACCUGGCACUUCGGCGUGUCUAAACGGAGUGUUCCAUUGUACCAACGCCGGGCACCGAGCUCAGAAUAUUCCUAGCUCCCGAGUCAAUGAUGGUAUUUGUGAUUGCUGUGAUGGCACUGACGAAUACGCAACUCCUAACAUAUGCUCUAACACAUGUGAAGAACUCGGCCGAGAAGCAAGAGCAGAGGCUCAAAGAUUAGCCGAAGUACAUAGAGCAGGAAGUCAUGUGAGAUUAGAAUUAAUUGAAAAAGGUAAUAAGAGGCGUAAUGAAAUGGCAGAACAGCUCUCACAACUUGAAAAUGAUAGAGCAGAAGCUGAAAAAAUAAAGGCUGAAAAAGAAGUUCUAAAAAAUGAAUUAGAAUCUAAAGAAAAUGAAGCUCUCAAAGUUUAUAGAGAAGCAGAAGAGCAAGAAAGACAGAAAAAGGCUGAACAGGAAAAACAAGUUUUAGUUGUAGAGGCAACUGAACAUUUUGUUAGAUUUGAUGCAAAUAAUGAUGGUUUACUUACAAUUGAUGAAAUUAAAGUAGUCAAUGUAUUUGACAAAGAUAAGGAUGGUCAAGUUGAUGAAGAAGAAACAAAGUAUUUCUUUGGAGAAAAUGAAAUGGUUGAUAAAGAUUCUUUCAUUGCCACAACAUGGCCUUUACUAAAGCCAUUGUUGAUGAUGGAACAGGGUAUGUUCCGUCCUGCUCAAGAGGAUGAAGGAGAAGAUCGAGAUGUAGAAACUGCUGAUACUAGAGAAGAUCUCGACACAGAUGAUCUAGGAAUGGAAGAUGAGAAUCUUGAUGUGGAUCUCCAACAAGAACAAGACGGUCAUGAAGAACAAGAAUUAGAUCUAGAACAAUCAAAAACAUAUGAUGAUGAAACUCAGAAAUUAGUAAAUGAGGCAUCUGAGGCCCGUCAGCAGCUGACAGAUGCAGAACGCACAGUGAGAGAAAUAGAGGCUAAUAUAAGGAAUAUAAAAGAAAAUUUGGAGAAAGAUUAUGGAUUAUUACAAGAAUGGGCUACUUUAGAUGGCCAAUGCUUGGAGUAUGAAGACAAAGAGUACAUUUACAAACUCUGUCUAUUCCAGAAGGUGACUCAAAAAUCUAAGAAUGGUGGUUCCGAAGUGGGCCUUGGUAAUUGGGGAGAAUGGGCAGGCACUGAUAACAAAUACUCCGUAAUGAAAUAUACUAAUGGCAUGGGUUGUUGGAAUGGGCCUAAUAGAAUGACCACAGUGAAUAUAAGUUGUGGCUUAGAAACAAAAUUAUUAUCUGUCUCAGAACCAUUCCGUUGUGAGUAUAAGAUUGAACUUGAAACACCAGCUGCAUGUGAUGAUUCUAAUUCAACACAACAACAACAAUCACAUGAUGAACUGUAAAUUUAUGUUGUAUCACAAUUAUGUGAUGAGUUAAUGUUUAAGCUACAUUAUAUCAAAAUCAAAAUGUAAAGUUUUUACACUCAUCAUUUAGAGUAAAUGUUGUUGUAGGUGAGCAUUUUUGUACUAUACUAUUUUUCAAGUCAGAAAUAAUUCCACAUAAUAAAAUAAGUAGAUAAUGUGUUAAAAAAGAAGUUAAUUAAUAAAUUUUAUUUAAGAUCAGCAUUCCUUGUUUAGGCAGUUUAUUUCUAAUAUUUAUUGUUUUACACAGCAAAUAAACUUUUAUUGUAAUAUUCACCAGUUUUUAAUGUGAAUAUUGAAGUGGAAUAGAUUGUAUAUGUUUAUCUUACACAUUCCUCCUAACUGCAAUGCUAGAAAUUAGUGAACUGCAACUAGAAAUAUUAAUUUAAUUGAACAAAACAUUGUGAGUUAUGAAAAUAAAAGUUUUUGAUUUC